AUGAAUCAGCAACUCCGCGGCCAGCCGGUGCGGUUCUUAGUGGUGGUCGAGCGGCGGUAUCUCGCGGCGCGGGUGGUGCUGCCGCGGGCGCCGGAGGACGUCUUCCUGGCGCCCGAGACGGUGAGGGCCUUCAGUGAUAUCCGCUCCGUCCUGAGCGAGGAUGGGGGGCGGUUUGUGGAUCUGGAGAACGGCGCGACCGUCCCUCGGCAUCUCUUCCUGCAACUCAGCACGAUCCUCACGCACCUCCUCCCGUUUGACAAGCCCGCCCAGCCGACGAAGAUCGCGGAUGUCCGCACGGCCGACCUCGGGGAGGUGAUCCAGGAAAUGAUGGUCAACCGUCCGAUCUUCGACGCCGUCGCCGACGUCAUCCGGGAGGACUCGGAGUUCUCCACGAACUUUUUCAUCCGCCUCGUGCAGGAGGCGUGCUCCUCGGUGGCUGGCAGCGCGGGGGCCCCCAAAGCCCCCAACGAGGGCGAGAAUGAUACCCAGGAGGAGCAAGCGACUAGCCAGACGGCGGAGGAAACCGCUGAGGGUUCGGUGAAUCCAGCAAAUCCAACUAGCGCCCCCAGCACCGCGGUGGUGCAGGAGAAGGGCCCGAAGAUCGCCCUCUUGGCCUCUCCCCAGGGAUGUGCACUGCUCAAAAUAGUUCUUGCGCAACGGAGUAAGCGCCGCGCGUUUUUCGAGUACAUGCAACAGGCCUCCUCCGCGGACUCCCCUUCCGGCGCGGAGGAGCUCUUCAAGUCGUUCUUUGCCGGCAUUCUGACCUCGCGUUUUGUCUUCCAAAGCUUUGGCUUACGCCUGGCGGAGGACGACGCUGGCGAGGAGUCCCCCACGACGCCGGCGAUUCCCCGCGAGGAUAGCGAGGUCGACGUCCUCUGCGGCUGCUUCGCGCGCUACGGCAUCACGGUGGUGAGCGGGAACGGGGGCAGCUGCAUGGUGGCGAGUUUGAUCCGCGCGCUGCGGCCGAAAUACCGAACCUUCGAGGUCGCGCUCAACCGACGCGAUCGCAACGCGCCGCCGGGCUCGCGCGGGGUGAAACGGGGGCGGGAGGGCCGGGAACCCGACGACGCCGCCCCCCCUCCGGCCGCGCCGUUCCCGCACCAUCCGCAACCCCGCACGGAGGAGGACGGCAAGCCCGACCCCCACGCCUCGCACGCGCCCGCGAGUCUGGCGGAGUACCACGUCCCGGAGCCGCCGCUGGAUUGGCGGUUUUUCUACGCCGUGGCGUCGUCUUUUUCCUCCGGGCAGUAUCUCCUCUCCGGGCUCCACCCUCACCCUCACCCCCAUCCCCACCCAAAUGCGGCGCGGGAUCCCGCCGAGGAGGCCGCGACGCCCGCCCCGCUCACGCGCGUGCAGCUUCUCGCGGAGCACAUCGUCGCGUGCCGGACCGUCCAGGUGAUGAUCCCCCACUUCGCCGAUGCGAUCCUCGCGGCGGAAAAGCGCCCGGUCGGGUCCCCUUCCCACGACGCCUUCGUCGCGCAGUGCUCCCAACUUCUCAAGGAGCUGGCGAAUCGCGUGAAGGAGUUGGUGGUGCACAACUACGGCAAUUACGUCGCGCAGACCUUCUUCUUGGAGCUCGCCCCGCGCGCGGUGCCGGGGUCGGAGGUGGAGAACACCCUCCGGAUCGCCUUCGACGCCAUCGUCGCGAAUAUCUUCAGCAUGAGCAUGCAGAAAUUCGCGUCGAACUGCGUCGAGCGGGCGAUUAUCGCGUCGGCGAACGUGGCGGAGGGCCGCCAGAUCAUCCUCCGCCUCGCGAAGUCGUUGCUGGAGCGGGGGGAGAUGCUGAUGGUGCAGGUCGCCUCGCAUCAGUUCGGGAAUUACGUCGUGCGGCAUAUUUGCGAGCAGCUCACGGCCUUCACGGCGGCCGACGCCGCGACGAUCAGCGACGGCGAGCGGCAGGAGGCCGGGGUGCUGGAGGGGCAAUUCCUCACGUGGCUCUCCGCGCACCGCACGGAGCUGCAGCAGACGCCCUACGGCGUGGGGUUGGUGAAUUGGAUGAACAACAAACGACGGUCGUCCGCGUAG